UCUCCGGGGCGGGAGCGGUGAGGCGUGACCGGGUGGAGCGGGGGCGUGGGGCUGCCGGGCGGCGGGAGGGACCGAGCGAAGCGCGCCGGACAAUGAGCCGGGCAGCUCGGCGCUGCGGCCACUUCUAGGGGGCGCGGGCCUCCGCGGCUCCACCUGCGCGGAGAGGGCGGGAUGUGCGGGCCAGGUGUCCCGGCGCGCUGAGGCUCUCUCGCAGCCCGACGUUCCCGAGCCGGUUCUCGCCUUGACCCCGGGCUACCUGGAGCCUGCGGCCGGGACGUGCUCGGCCGGGCGCCCGCCCGGAGCAGCCGCGAUGGCCAGCACCAGGAGUAUCGAGCUGGAGCACUUUGAGGAACGGGACAAAAGGCCGCGGCCGGGGUCGCGGAGAGGGGCGCCCAGCUCCUCCGGGGGCAGCAGCAGCUCCGGCCCCAAAGGGAACGGGCUCAUCCCCAGCCCGGCGCACAGCGCCCACUGCAGCUUCUACCGCACGCGGACGCUGCAGGCCCUGAGCUCGGAGAAGAAGGCCAAGAAGGCGCGCUUCUACCGGAACGGGGACCGCUACUUCAAGGGCCUGGUGUUUGCCAUCUCCAGCGACCGCUUCCGGUCCUUCGACGCGCUGCUCAUGGAGCUCACCCGCUCCCUGUCGGACAACGUGAACCUGCCCCAGGGCGUCCGCACCAUCUACACCAUCGACGGCAGCCGGAAGGUCACCAGCCUGGACGAGCUGCUGGAAGGUGAGAGUUACGUGUGCGCAUCAAAUGAGCCAUUUCGUAAAGUGGACUACACCAAAAACGUUAAUCCGAACUGGUCUGUGAACAUCAAGGGUGGGACCACCCGCUCGGCUCCUCCCUCCUCAGUGAAGAGUGAAGUAAAGGAAAGUAAAGAUUUCAUCAAGCCCAAAUUAGUGACCGUGAUUCGAAGUGGAGUGAAGCCUAGAAAAGCUGUGCGGAUCCUCCUGAAUAAGAAGACUGCUCACUCCUUCGAACAGGUCUUAACAGAUAUCACCGACGCCAUUAAGCUGGACUCAGGAGUGGUGAAGAGGCUCUGCACGCUGGACGGGAAGCAGGUUACUUGUCUGCAAGACUUUUUUGGUGACGAUGAUGUUUUUAUUGCAUGUGGACCUGAGAAAUUCCGUUAUGCCCAAGAUGACUUUGUCCUGGAUCACAGUGAGUGCCGUGUCUUGAAGUCUUCCUAUUCUCGCUCCUCAGCUGUUAAAUAUUCUGGAUCCAAGAGCCCUGGGCCUUCCCGACGCAGCAAGUCACCAGCUUCAGUAAAGAGGGGUGGCCACUACUCCAGUGCCUACUCUACAGCCAGAUCCCCAGUUAAUGGAACUCCCAGCAGCCAGCUCUCCACUCCUAAAUCGACGAAAUCCUCCAGCUCCUCUCCAACCAGCCCAGGAAGUUUCAGAGGACCAAAGCAGGUUUCUGCGCAUGGCCGAUCUUCUUCCAAUGUCAACGGAGGGCCUGAGAUUGAUCGUUGCGUGAGUCCUGAAGGUGUGGAUGGACACAGGUGCUCUGAGUCGUCGACUCUUCUCGAGAAAUACAAAAUCGGGAAAGUUAUUGGAGAUGGCAAUUUUGCAGUCGUCAAAGAGUGCAUGGACAGGUCAACCGGAAAGGAGUUUGCCCUGAAGAUUAUAGACAAAGCCAAAUGUUGUGGAAAGGAACAUCUGAUUGAGAACGAAGUGUCGAUCCUGCGCAGGGUGAAACAUCCGAACAUCAUCAUGCUGAUUGAGGAGAUGGAGACCGCCACCGAGCUCUUCCUGGUGAUGGAACUGGUCAAGGGUGGAGAUCUCUUUGAUGCAAUUACCUCUUCAACCAAGUACACGGAAAGGGAUGGGAGCGCCAUGGUGUACAACCUGGCCAGCGCCCUCAGGUACCUCCACGCCCUCAGCAUCGUGCACCGGGACAUCAAGCCUGAGAACCUCUUGGUGUGCGAAUAUCCUGAUGGGACCAAGUCUCUGAAACUGGGAGACUUCGGGCUGGCCACCGUGGUGGAAGGCCCGCUGUACACCGUCUGCGGCACCCCAACUUACGUGGCCCCCGAAAUCAUUGCUGAAACCGGCUAUGGCCUGAAGGUGGACGUCUGGGCGGCUGGCGUGAUCACGUACAUACUGCUCUGUGGCUUCCCUCCCUUCCGAAGUGAGAACAACCUCCAGGAAGAUCUCUUCGACCAGAUCUUGGCCGGGAAGCUGGAGUUCCCAGCCCCCUACUGGGACAACAUCACAGACUCGGCCAAGGAAUUAAUCAGUCAGAUGCUUCAGGUCAAUGUUGAAGCGAGGUGCACAGCAGGACAGAUCCUGAGUCACCCCUGGGUGUCCGAUGACGCCUCCCAGGAAAAUAAUAUGCAAGCUGAAGUAACAGGUAAACUCAAACAGCACUUUAAUAAUGCGCUCCCCAAGCAGAACAGCACGACCACCGGGGUCUCCGUCAUCAUGAACACGGCUCUAGAUAAGGAGGGCCAGAUCUUCGGCAGCAAGCUUGGCGCCGACGGCGGCCGGCCAGGCCUGGAGCCCGCCGCCGCCGCGCCCGCCGCGCCCCCGGAGCCGCCCCCGCACCCCGGCCCCGCCGCCCCCGCCCCGGGCAGCGAGCGGGCGGGGACGUGGCGCCGCCACCGCGACUGACCCGCUGCCCCGCGCGGCUCCGCACGCUGCCCGGCCGGGCGCCUCCCGGGCCUGCAGGGGCCCCUAAGCGUCGGCUUCGGGGACGGUCCUCGGAGCGGCGGCUUUAAACGUUCCGCCUUUUCAGUUCAGUGGACGUUGGACCGCAUCGCCAGGAGACUGCAACUUCGAUCCGGCAUCCAGCGCAUUUUUAUAGAAACGCUUCGGAUGAACCAAGGUCUCUAUUUAAGUAAACUCGGAGGGCUCCUUUUUUCCCUCUCUUUAAAACAGCUCAGAACUGUACCUGACCCUUCGUGGGCACCCUUCUUCUGCUGCCGGGGGUCGGGGGGCCAGCUUCCAGUGGAAGUCCUGGGCCCCCGGUGGACCCCCUGGUCCCAGCGCUCAGCCCAUUUCGGGCUCUUGCAGGUGCGGGGCGGGGGCUCACGUCAGAGGACCCCGGGUCUGGACUUGGGCAUAGACCCCCAGAAAGGCCGCUGCUUCCUCCACGACGUGCGUUUCCUCAGCUCCUCCCACGUCUGUAUCGGGAGAUGCCCGGGACGUUGUCCCUGGGGCUUUUCGAGGAGAGGCGGAUGCAUGUGCGUCGCCGGCGGGGCUUCCUUCUCCAGGUCCGACUGCGGGCACAGCAGGACCGACGUGAGCCCCUCAGAGGCCCCCAGUCUCCCUGCUCCAUCCGCUUCUCAUCCGCGGCGGGGACAAUCCCAGGACGCGCGGGCACGGUCGGGACUGGGCAGGAAGGUGCCUGCAGACGUCCUCUGUUACUAACCUUCUGGAAGGCUGCUGGCAGUUUUUCCUUUUUUUCCACCACCCUGCUGUUUUUAAUGAUUGUACAUAAUCAGUGUAUUUGUUUUCCCUGCUCAUCUUCUAAAGGGGUGAGCCUGUAGUUCCUGCUGUUAGACUUUUGCCCCCUACAAGUGUAUCCAAUAAACUCUUCCUUCUUGAGAAGUAGUAUUCAGGGUG